AUGCUGCGCUCACUUCUCAGGUCUGCUUCCAUACCGACCCAUGGCAGCAGAGCGGCCCGCGUGAAGGUCGUUCGGGCAACAGCGCCGACGAUCCGCGCUCGGCAGCUCCAUCUUCCAACCAAGACCGUCACCGACGACGACAUCGCCCAGCUCGCCGCCAGCCCGCUACAUCCUCUGACGCUCGCCGACCUCGUCAAGCAUGGACGUCCACCGCUCACCGCCGAGCAGCUCUUUGACUCGGCCAACUUCACCCUCUCGAUUCUCCCCGCGCGACUAGCCCACCGCAUCCAGUCACUGCGUAACCUGCCCUACAUUGUCGUCUCGAAUCCCCACGUGUCCAAGAUCCACGGGAACUACCUGCACUCGCUCUCAACGCUGCUGCCAUGGGCUGAGAAGCGCGUCGAGAGUCUGGAGGAUGAAAUACGCUUCACCGAGGUCAUGGCUGACCUGGUGCACACCCACGCCAACACCAUAAGCAUCCUGGCGCGCGGCUUCCUCGAGGCCCGGCGCUACAUCAGCCCGCAAGAGGUUACGCGGUUCCUGGACGAGCAUCUGCGCGCGCGCAUCGGGACGCGGCUGAUUGCCGAGCAGCACAUUGCGCUGCACAUGAGCUCGCAGCCACACAGCGAGUUGUGUGACGAGGAGGGAGGCGGUGCCGACGGCAAGGAGCAGGGCGGGGCCAAGUCGAGCUUCAUCGGCGUCAUCGACACAGAGCUGCGACCGGCCGACAUCGUGCGGCACUGCGAGAACAUGGUGGCCGAGAUCUGCGAGCUCAAGUACGGCGUGCGGCCGCGGGUCGUCAUCACGGGCGAGCCCGACUACGCCUUCGCCCACAUCCCCAUGCACCUCGAGUACAUCAUCACCGAGCUGCUCAAGAACGCCUUCCGCGCCACCGUCGAGCGCGGCAUGGAGCGCGAGCCCGUCGAGGUCACCAUCGCCCCGCUGCCCGAGACGCCCGCCGCAUCCUCACCGUCGCGGAUAACGACGACGCCCGCCGCUCCCGCCGGCGCGAACCCGCACCCCCACGGCGAGGCAGGCGAGGCCGCGGCCAUCACGAACGAGGACCAGGGCAACGCGGACCGCGCGAGCAAGACGGCCGCCAUGCUGGAAAAGGAGGCCCACGCGCCGGCGCGGCAGCGCGCCGCCACGGCCAACAUCCGCCCGCUCGAGCGCAGCACGCCCGGCGUCACGAUCCGCAUCCGCGACCGCGGCGGCGGCAUCUCGCCCGCCAACUACGGCCGCAUCUGGGAGUACAGCUUCACGACGUUCAACGAGGACGACGCGCGCGCGUCGCUGCACGGCGGCGGCGGUGGCGGCGGCACCCACCCGCUGGACGCCCUCAGCGCCAUUAGCGGGCCUGGCGGCGACGCGGGCAACCCCACCGGCAGCAGUCUCGCCGGCUUGGGCUACGGACUGCCGCUCGGUAGGGCGUAUGCCGAGUACUUUGGUGGCGGGAUUGCCGUGCAGAGUCUUUGGGGUUGGGGCACGGAUGUUUACUUGAGCUUGAGGGGAGUGGGGAAGGUUGAUUGA